AUGUCUCUGACCAGAGCUGAGAGGACCAUCAUCGUGUCCAUGUGGAGCAAGAUCUCCACACAGGCGGACGCCAUUGGCACCGAGACCCUGGAGAGGCCAUCUUCGCUGACCGCCCUCCCUUCCGCCUGUCUACUGGUUACGUUGUCUUCGCACGUCCCCGCCGACUUCACGGCCGACGCGCACGCCGCCUGGGACAAGUUCCUGUCCAUCGUGUCCGGCGUCCUGACGGAGAAGUACCGCUGA